AAAAAAAAAAAAAAAAAAGAUCAAAAGAGUGAGGGAAAGGGGAGUUGCCGAUGGCUGGGUUGACGUUCACCAUGCUCCUAAUUUGCGUAUUGGCUGUAGCACUGUCCACAGUCCGAGGCGAGGAUCCUUAUUUCUUCUUCACAUGGAACGUCACCUACGGCACCAUCUCUCCUUUGGGUGUUCCCCAACAAGGGAUCCUCAUUAAUGGUCAAUUCCCCGGACCUAAUAUCAACUCCACAUCCAACAAUAACAUAGUCGUCAAUGUCUUCAACAAUCUCGACGAGCCCUUCCUUUUGCACUGGAGCGGUGUUCAACAUAGAAAGAACUCAUGGCAAGAUGGUCUACUCGGAACAAAUUGCCCAAUCCCACCAGGCACUAACUUCACCUACCAUUUCCAAGUCAAGGACCAAAUUGGCAGCUUCUUCUACUACCCAUCCACUGCCUUGCAUAGAGCUGGUGGAGCCUUCGGUGGCCUUCGUAUCAAUAGCCGUUUACUCAUCCCCGUCCCUUACGCCGACCCAGAAGAUGAUUACACUGUCCUAGCCGGUGACUGGUACACCAACACUCACUCCACUCUUAAGAAGCUCUUGGAUAGCGGCCGCUCAAUUGCUAGACCCGAUGGUGUCCUCAUUAAUGGCAAGACCGCAAAGGGCGAUGGAUCCGAUGAGCCACUCUUCACCAUGAAGCCCGGGAAGACUUACAAGUAUAGAAUUUGCAACGUUGGACUCAAGACAUCUCUUAAUUUCAGGAUCCAAGGCCACACCAUGAAGUUGGUUGAGAUGGAAGGCUCACACACUGUCCAAAACGUUUACCAAUCACUCGAUGUUCAUGUGGGACAAUGCUUUUCAGUUCUAGUCACAGCCGACCAAGAACCUAAGGACUAUUACAUGGUGGCAUCCACUCGUUUCAUUAAGAACAUUCUUGUCGGUAAAGCCAUUGUUCGAUACACUAAUGGAAAUAGUCCUGUUUCCCCUGAAAUUCCAGAGGCACCAAUUGGUUGGGCUUGGUCACUCAAUCAAUUCCGUACAUUUCGUUGGAACCUUACAGCUAGUGCAGCUAGACCAAACCCUCAAGGCUCAUACCACUAUGGUUCCAUCAACAUCACCCGCACCAUCAAGCUACUCAAUUCUGCCACUCGGGUUGAUGGUAAGUUGAGAUAUGCUAUCAAUGGUGUCUCUCAUGUCGACCCUGAAACUCCAUUGAAGCUUGCACAGUAUUUCAAUGUCGCUGACAAUGUUUUCAAGUAUGAUAUGAUUUCUGACGAAGGAUCGGUAGAAGGAAGCGAUGUGACUAUUGCUCCUAAUGUUGUUAAUGCAACAUACCGUAACUUCGUUGAAAUUGUAUUUGAGAAUCAUGAGAAGAGCGUUCAAUCGUGGCAUUUGGAUGGGUACUCCUUCUUUGCUGUUGCAAUUGAGCCUGGGAGAUGGUCUCCGGAGAAACGAAAGAACUACAAUCUUCUUGAUGCGGUGCAUAGGCAUACAAUUCAAGUGUUCCCUAAAUCAUGGGCAGCUGUUCUUGUUACAUUAGACAACGCAGGAAUGUGGAACUUGAGGUCUGAAUUGACAGAGAAUCGUUACUUGGGACAACAACUAUACUUCAGUGUUCUUUCACCGGCUAACUCCCUUAGAGAUGAAUACAACAUUCCAGACAACACAUUGCUCUGCGGUUUGGUGAAGGACAUGCCAUUGCCGAAGCCAUACACCAUUUGAGAUAAUUGUUUUAUUCACCUUCCCCCAUUUUAAUUGACAGACUAUGAUAUUUAUAUGCGCGAUCAAUUUCUGAAUAAGUUGCUACAAUUUGAAUAUUCAUGUAAGCCUUCCUAUUUGGAAGACCCUAAGGGGAAUUUUUUUUAAUGAAAUGAUCGCGUGAUUGUUUUGA